CUGGAGGAGCUUAGUUGGCCACCAUGGAGGGACUGCUGACGGACCGCAACGUGUGGAUUGUUGGGAGCGUGUGUCUGAUCGCCUCCCUCGUAUGGAGACGCCUGUGGUGGAGGUUCAUCGCACCCAAGAGGAAGAAGGAGGCGCAGGCAGACACUCACACAGAGGUACAGAGGAGGUGCAGGCAGACACUCACACAGAGUUCAAAGCAAAGUCAGCUGAUGAGGUGUUGCAGGUGAGGAGCUUCAAGUCCCAGAAAAAGACCACACCAGAAGAGGUGCAGAAACUGAACAGAGAGAACUUCCAGCGUUCCUACGACAACCAGAAUGAGGGCGAGAUUCCAGCUUCAGAUCUUCAGCUUCAAGCCCAGAAGGAGGCGGAGCACAAGGACCUGGUCUACAGUGAGAAGAAGAAAGAAGACGACACAGAGACCAGAGAGUUGGAUGCACAGAGAGAAAAGCAGAUUGAUGUGGAGAGGAAGGAAUUCCCCACCGAAGAGAAAGAACUCUCCACCUACAUAGAACAGAGAGAACUCUCCACAGAACUGAAAGAACGCUCCACAGAAGAGAAAAAACUCUCCACAGAGCUGAAAGAUCUCUCCACAGAACGGAAAGAACUCUUUACAGAACAGAAAGAACUCUUUACAGAACUGAAAGAACUCUCCACCGAACAGAAAGAACUCUCCACCGAACAGAAAGAACUCUUCACAGAACAGAAAGAACUCUUCACAGAACAGAGAGAACUCUCCACAGAAGGGAGAGACAAAGAUGAUGUCCAACAACUGGAGCGAAGGGAGGAGGCUGAUGGGACUGUACAAAGACCCGAAGCAGAGGCAAAGGAUGUCGGGAUCGCAAGGCCAGACGGGGAUGGAGAAAGAGAGCAAGGCAGCUCAGCUCUGCCCGACAGCAGUCAGAGCAGUGAGGCCGGGAUGAGCUCGAAGCGUCAGCUGUCUGAGGAGGACCUGCUCCAAGAAGAACAGAAGAAGAGCCGCAUGGAGGAGGAAAAGGAGGAGGAGAAGAGCCGUGUGGAGAAGGAGAAGGAGCACCAGGAGGAGGCGGCGAUGGAGGAGGUGACUGCGAACAGAGAAGAAAUGAGGGAGCGAGGAGCAGAACUGGCCAAGGAGGAAGUGGAGAAGAAGGAGAAGGAGGAGGAGGAGGAGGAGGCCAAGACUGAGGAGAAGGGAGCAGGAGAGGCAGGAUCAGCUGUGGAGACAGAAGCAGCAGCACCAACAUCAUCAUCAUCAUCAGCAGCAGCAGCAGCAGCACCACCACCAUCACCACCAGCAGCAGCAGCAGCAUCAGCAGCACCACCACCACCAGCAGCACCAGCACCAGCAGCAUCAGCAUCAGCAUCAGCCGCAAGGCCUCUUGAUGUGGAGGGAGCCACAGGUCCCGCAGCAGGGCAGGAAGGGGAGGAGGCCCCCGCAGGAGAGUACAUCAUUGAAUCUAGUCCACCUCCGCGUGCUCCGUUUCAGCAUCGGAUUGUGACCACCAAGUCCCAGAACAUCGGCGCUUUCUACAACAUCAAAAACGACGAGGUGCUAGGAGGGGGGCGUUUUGGCAUCGUCCACAAGUGUGUGGAGAGAGAGUCUGGCCUGACGUUGGCUGCUAAGAUCAUCAAGGCGCGGACUCAGAAAGAGAAGGACUUUGUAAAGAAUGAGAUCUUGGUGAUGAAUCAGCUGGACCAUGCCAACCUCAUCCAGCUCUACGCCGCCUUUGAGAACCGCUACAACAUCACACUGGUACUGGAAUAUGUGGAGGGAGGUGAGCUGUUUGACAGGAUCAUUGAUGACAGCUGUAACCUGACGGAGCUGGACACCGUGCUCUUCAUCCGGCAGAUCAGCGAGGGCCUGCAGUACAUGCACAGGAUGUACAUCCUACACCUGGACCUCAAGCCAGAAAACAUUCUGUGUGUGAGCCGGGAGACAAAUAAGAUCAAAAUCAUCGACUUCGGUUUGGCCAGACGGUAUAAGCCGAGGGAGAAGUUGAAGGUGAGCUUUGGUACUCCAGAGUUCUUGGCCCCGGAGGUGAUCAACUAUGAGUUCGUCUCCUUCCCUACAGACAUGUGGAGCCUUGGCGUGAUCACAUACAUGCUUCUGAGCGGCCUGUCCCCGUUCUUGGGGGACGAUGACAGUGAGACGCUGAACAACAUCCUGUCCAGCCAGCCGGGCUUCGAGGAGGCCGAGUUCGCACACACCUCUGAGGAGGCCAAGGACUUCAUCACACGACUACUGGUCAAGAGCAAGAGCUGGAGAAUGAGUGCGACUAAGGCCCUGAAGCACCCGUGGCUUUCAGAUCGAGGACUUCACUACCGCUUGUAUGAGAAGCAAAAGCAACUGAAUCCCUCCAAAGACACCCCUCUACCCCUGCCCCCGCCCUCGGACACCUGAACAG